AAUUGAAACACGCACCACCACCAACUCCCAAAUAGCUCACUUCUAGAGAGAGAAAGUAACAGAAACACAGAGAGAGAGAGAGAGAGAGAGAGAGAGAGAGAGAGCUCUGCUCUUGGUUCUGCUCACCGUUUGGCGCCGUCUCAGCUGCGUCGUUUGAUUUUGUGAUUUGAAUCUAUGGGGAAAGCCUUAUGGUUUGAUUUUUUUUGGAUUUUCGUCUACUUUGCUUUGUUUGGCAGCUGAGAAAAGGGAAGGUUGACCAAAUUUCCGCCACACUCAAGUUCUUUCCAGUUUUAAGGUAGUGGAGCAAUGGAGGUUAAACUUGCACAGAGCUUGCAAUUCUCAACAUGGAUUGAUUUGGAGAAGAUGGUGAUGAAACCAAGUGGUUCGUUGCAGUUUUCUCGAAGAUCUAGGGAGCAAAAGAGGUUUCAGAUUCUUAUUUCUAGUCAUUUGCAACCUACAAGAACUGCCACUGCCACUGCCACUGCCACUGCAACUUCACAUAAACCUGUAGCAUUGAAGGUCUCAUGUUCGUAUAAGAACUUACAAGGUUCAGUAUUGCAAUCUGGAAGUUUUCCUGCGUCUUUCGAUGAAGCUUUAAUUUUAAAGAAUAAGUCGGAAGAGAUUGAACCAUAUUUAAAUGGACGGUGUAUAUAUCUUGUUGGGAUGAUGGGCUCUGGGAAAACAACUAUUGGCAGAAUUUUGUCAGAUGUACUUGGUUAUUCAUUUUUUGACUGUGAUGCAAUGAUAGAGCAGACAGUUGGGGGAACUUCUGUGGCUGAAAUCUUUAAGCUAUAUGGUGAGAGCUUCUUCAGAGAUAAUGAGACGGAGGUAUUGCGGAAAUUGACUAUGAUGCAGCGGCUAGUUGUUUCCACAGGUGGAGGUGCAGUUAUUCGGCCCAUCAACUGGAAACACAUGCAAAAGGGGAUUAGUGUCUGGUUAGAUGUACCAUUAGAAGCCUUGGCAAGGAGAAUCGCAGCUGUAGGAACGGGUUCUCGCCCCCUUUUGCAUCAAGAAGCAGGUGAUGCUUAUUCAAAGGCAUUCAUGCGUUUAUCUACACUUCUGGAAGAGAGGAGUGAAGCUUAUGCAAAUGCCAAUGCUAGGGUUUCCUUGGAAAAUAUUGCUUCCAAGCUAGGUUGUAUAGAUGUUUGCAAUCUCACACCAACAGUUAUUGUGAUUGAGGCACUAGAACAAAUUGACAGCUUUCUGAAGAAAUAGGGCUAUUCCGGGGACCUAGGUCACCGGGCUUUCUUGAUCUCUUCAAUGCCUAGACUGGAAAUUUAUGUUUUGUUUCAACCCAUUGGGCUUUUGUUUCAACAAGUUGGGCUUUACAACCCCACCUGUGCCGGAACGAAAAAAUUUAUUGAAAAAAAAAAAAAAAAUUAUUUUAGGCAAGAGCAAUUUUUCUAUUUUGUAAAGAGGCGUGGCAUGUAUUUUGUGAGAUAAUAUUUGUAAAGUUUCUAUUAAUGAGAUGCAGUAAUUUUAAAAUAUAUGGCUGAUAAA